CGUAAUCAUUCAAAAAGUCACAUAUCUGGCUGAGAGGUUAUACAAUCUCGGCUUGUUAUCGUGAUUUAUUAAUAAACAGAAUUCAAUAAUUAUUAAACCUUGUCAAGAUGCUAACACGGCAGCUACGCCCAGCAAUUUUAAACGCCUUUCGAGCUGUUAACUUAGUAUUACGCGAUGUUUCCACAACUGGUCCGAAGACAGUAAAAAAGUCCGGUGUGCGACUUGGCAUGGCUAGCCUCACUGUUGGGGCACUUGUCGGCACCGGUUAUUCCAUCCACCAGCUUAAUAAACCCAGAUUACACAUACUAAAUGAACAGACAACUAUUGCUCUGAUUGAUAAUGUACCUCAGAUUGCUCCAACAAAAUCUUUUAAAUAUGUGGGUGAUACCAGUGGUUUAAAACUCACCCUGUUUCAAUAUCAAACAUGUCCAUUCUGCUGUAAAGUCAGAGCAUUCCUUGACUACUAUGGCAUUUCUUAUGAUGUUGUUGAAGUGGAUCCUGUUCUCAGACAGGCUACAAAAUGGUCUACAUACAAAAAAGUGCCCAUUUUGCUAGCACUAGUAGAUAAAGAAAAAGGCACUUACCAACCUCUUAAUGAUAGCACUAUGAUUAUUUCCUCUUUGGCUUCAUAUCUUAAAGAUCAAGACAGUAGCACAGACAAUGAUCUACAUAGUGUAGUUAAAUGUUAUCCUAGCAUGACUUAUCAGGAUGAGGAUGGUAGUGUCAAGUCCGAAAUCAUGAACAAGUAUUUCUUGAUGUUCAAUAACAAACAAGUUAGAGAUGAUGUCAAAGAAAAGUUAAAUGAAGAGCGUAAGUGGCGUAAAUGGGCCGAUGAUGUACUUGUCCAUGAUCUAUCCCCGAACGUAUACCGAACGAAAGCGGAAGCUCUACAAGCAUUCAAUUGGUUUUCCGAGGUUGGUGAAUGGGAGAAGAACUUCCCAAGCUGGGAACGCAAUCUGAUUGUUUAUGUGGGCGCUUCUGCAAUGUGGCUGAUAGGAAAACGCCUAAAAAAACGACAUAAUUUAAAGGACGACGUUCGUGAAUCUUUGUACGAUCAUUGCAACCAAUGGACGCGUGCUAUUAAAGCAAAAGGAGGAGAAUUCAUGGGCGGUAAAGAACCAAACUUGGCUGAUUUGGCUGUAUUCGGAGUUUUGUCGAGUAUUGAAGGUUGUGAUGCGUUCAAAGAUUUACUUCAGUAUUCCAACAUCAAGGGAUGGUACUUUUCCAUGAAGGAUGCUGUUAAACAACAUAAAGGUGCAGCGUUUUAACGGCACUAUUAUAAUAUAGGCAAUAUUCUUUAAUUUAAAAUACAAAAUACUUUCUUGUGCAUAUAUUAUACCUAUUAUACCUGUUUACUUAAUGACGAGUUGUAUAAAUUAAUAUACUGAUAAUGGAUUACA